GAGGGGCCCGGGGGGCAUGGAGCUGUACCUCAGCGCCUGCUCCAAGGCUGCCAGCGACGCGGCCACCAAGACGGCCAGCAGCAGCCUGGCGGCGGACAGCCGGCGAUGCGGAGACGGCGUGCACAAAACCCACAUACGAGGGGUCGGAGCGGGUCAACUCCUGGAUCUGCCUCUCGGGGUCAAGCUGCCUGUGAUCCCGGGGAGCAACACUUUAUACUAUACCACGAAGAUAAGUGAAAAGCUUUUUCGACCUUCUUACGGUUUCAACCUGAAUGAUCCUUAUUGUCGACUUUUGGAAAACCAAUAUAAAAGUCUCCAUGAUCCACAUUUAAGAGAAUACUAUAAGCGCAAAGAUAUCCUGAGAAGAUUAAAGAAAGGUGGCUAUAUCACCAGCAAUAAUAAAAUUGUAUGUACCUUGAGGGAAUUGAAUAAGUACAGGCAAUAUCUUACCAGUAUAAAAUUAGACUUUGAAAGAAACUAUAUAAGAGAUCAAGAAAUGCUUGCAAAGCAAGUAAAUAGACUACAUGAAAACAAUCAAAUACCUGGACGUUCUGAUGUUGCACAGUUCCAAAACUGGUUGUUACAGGAAGGCACCCAAUCUAUGAAGGACCAGGAACAAUUAAUAAGGCACAGAUAUUUGGAUAUGAUAAGUAGGGAAUUAGAACAACUUGAGCGCACAGCAGAAGAGCAACGCCUACUCCAGAUGGACAGAGAAGAAAGACGACAGCGAGAAUACACCCGAAGAAAACUUAGCCUUCGCAGAAAAAUUGAAGAGGAAUGGAAGACAAAGGAGAUGCUACUCCUGACCAGGAUCGGAGAAGACGUUAGAAGAGAAGCCAGGAUAGAGGAACAACGGCGUAGAAGCAGAGAAGAGAGUGACAGGAAGAAACAGGCCCUUAUAGAGAAAAAAAUGGCUUACCAUUUACAAAAAAUGCAAGAAAAUGGCUUUAAAGGAGAAGAUAUGAGGAACGACACGUUUCAUUAUAGAGGACAAGAUGGAAGAUACUGUGAACCGUAUUCUCUAAAGAAGAAAAAGAAGAUUUAUGACAACAUGAACUUAGUUUACCCUGUUGGUGACCAGAGAGCAAAUAAAGCAGUAAAUGGACCUACAGCGAAUGUCAUUUAUCAAUGUCUAAGUACUUCAAAGACUGUUAACAAAAAAACAGCAAAUCCAGCUGGUCUGUCAGAUGUACAAGUUAAUGAUACUGGACAAAAGAAAGAGAAAAUAACUCAAAAAUCAAGUAAUUUUGAUGAUAGAGGAAAUGUACACAUCUCAGCUCAAAAUUCAGUUGUUUCACCUCAAACUUCCCCCACAAGAAAUUGUCCAAAAUCUUCACCGUCUUACCUGGAUCCUCCAAAAGAUGAGAAGGGGAUAACUGCUGACUGUAAUGGAAGAUUAAACAAGAGCUCAAGCUACCUCUGUGAAUCAGGACCUCCAGUUCAUGCCACAGCUCAGGGUACUUUCCCUUCCCGUGUUUUCUCAAAUAUAGACCAGAGCCUCCUAGAAAAUUGCUUGCAAGAGAAAGUAACCUCUGAAGAACUGAAUAGUAUAAUUCAGAAUAUAAUGACCUGGGUUGUAGCUACAGUGACCAGUAUAUUAUACCCAGCCAUCACAAAGUAUGAAGAAAGAUUGCGAAAUAAGGUGUAUCCAGUGUCUGAGGACUCCAUCCUCUCUUCAGACAGCUCAAGUUUCUGCAGCACAUGCAGUGAAGAGUUUACAUAUGGAAGCUACACAUCUGCCACAACUCAAACAUUUCAUAGAGAGCCCUGUGCAUUUGCAGUUGACAUAUCAGUAAGGCGACCAACCACACCCUUAAAACCACCGUCUGCUCACGUGGAAAGAACUAUUGUGGGUAAAACAUAUGACGUGGAAGGACAAUCUAUAACAUCUGAACUCAAAUAUAAUAAAACCAGUAUGAUAUAUGCAUAUCCUAAGGUCAGAACUUGUAAAUCUGAUAGUCACCUCCUGACAUCAUUUGAAAGAUGCACCAAAAUAUCUAAGGAUGCCACCACUGAAACAGAUGGCUUAGAGAGUCCACUGUUUCCUGAUCAAAAAGCAAAAGCCACGAAUGAAAUGAAGAAUUUAAAGAAUGUUUUUGUUAACUUUAAAUGUCACUUAAAAGGGGAAACUGAAUUGAUUUUAGAAAGUAUUUUUCAAGAAAUAAUGUCUGAUUUAACACAGGCCAUUCCUUCUCUUUCUUCUGUUACUGCUGAAGUUUUUGUUGACCAAAGUGAACCGGAAAAAGAAGACUUGCUUUCCAAUAUUGAUAUCUGCUCAGCAGCCUCCGAGAUUGUAGAGAAUAUGCUUGAGAAGCUACAGUCUGCAGUUGAGAAAAAAUGUGUUGAGAUAUUUUCCCCAGAAGAUCUGUCAGUUGACAUUAAACCAGGUUUACCACUCAGUAGAGAAUAUCUCAGUCCAUCGAAUGCAAAAUCUUUAAAAGCUUCACUGCCUUACAAUUUGGAGCCCAUGUGUGAUAUUGCUGAGGAUAUGGUACAUGCCAUUUUAGAAAAGCUGAUGGCUCUUGCAUCUUGUAAGCAAAAUGAACUUCCUCGUCUUGAAGAUACAACCAGACUUUCUGAUCAGCAACCUAUGACAGACCCAAUAUGCACGUCCCUCAAAAGAGCCAGCAAAAAGAAACCUAGUCCCGAACCUGAUGCAGCUACUUUAAUGGUUAAAGAUCAGAUACAAGAUUUAAUAUCAAAUAUUUUUUCUCAGUCCUCUUUGGUUGGAUAUAUAGAGGAAGCAAUCAGUACUAUACUAGGAUUUGUACAAACCGAACUUAAUAACGAAAGGCUUAUUGCAUCUGAAGAAACCAUAGUCGUCCUUCAGCUUCUCGAUGACGCCUUCACUCAGCUACAUCAGGAGCCAGUAAAGGCAGAUGCCCCAAAAUGUAGGCACUCUAGACUACAAAAUCCUUCUGACACUGAAGAAAAGUACAGACUCACUGGCACGAGAUUAUCUAACGGUCCUAGGUCUAAAAGAUCCUUUCCACCUAUUAAUGUUCCUGGCAUGGUCCUUUAUUCUGAAGAUGAUAAUGAAGAAAUCGACAAAAUUGUGAAAAAUGUACUCGAUUCAUCUUUCAGAGAUGAAAAGCCAAAAUCACAGGCACAAAUUCCUGAGAAUCAGUUUACAAAAGGCAACACCUGUUUUGAAUAUAAAAAAAAUAGCAAACCACCUACAAAGGCUGCUUCUGGAAGAAGCAAAGUCGAAUUUUGUGAGAGGGGAUUAAAGACUGAGCUACCAUCUUUUAAUGAUAAAGAAAUUCUAAAGGAAGAACCCUGUUUGAAUAGGGACAUGUUGAUUUUCAGCCAAGAUGAAAAGCAUCACAUACAAAAGGCUUCAGAAAACAUAGUUAAAAGUAUUUUAACAGAAAUGCUCAAGGACCUAGCUUCUGUUCCUGGCCACUUAGACAGUAAAACUGGCCAAGAAGCCUCAGUUCUUGUUUCAGAAAAAUCUCAAGGUCUGUCGCAUCAAGAACGGACGGACCAGAUGAUCUCUGUGUCAGAAAUUAGUGCGGUGGCUCAAGAAAUAACAGAUGCUGUGCUAAAUAUACUCCAAAAGGCUUCAAGGUGCAUUCUCAAUACCACCAAAGGUUCCAUUUCAUCAUCAGUUCAAACAUCUCUAGGUAGUUCUGAUACUCCACACACGGUCGAAGGAGCACCAAAUAAAAAGCCACUAAAAAUAUGGUUUGACAGUGAAAAGAAAGUGAAAUAUUUAUCUUCAGUCAAUGUAGAUCCUGCAAAGCCUUCUCCGUUAAAAUCUGAAAAAAGUGAACCUCAACCUGUAGGUGACGUUACUGAUAAGAUCAUCAAUACAAUUUGUAAAAGGCUGAAGUUAUUCAUUUGUCAAAAAUUACAAAUGGGCUUCAAACCUUCAGUUGUGGAGCAAACAUCAUUAAAAUCUCAACUUAGUGGUUACACAACUAAAGUGGUAAACAUUGUUUUGCGUGCUAUCCAGAAUGAACUAGAACUCAAUAAGAGAAGCCUAAAUCAUAGGGAACUGGACCCUGCCAAAUCCCUAACAGGUAAAGGACUUCUUGCUGGCACUGAUAAAUUGGAAUCUCUUGUCUCAAAUCUCAGUGAUGACAUUAUGGAAUCUCCAUUAUUAACUUGUAUUUAUGAAAUGUUAUCAAGUGGACAUUGUGACCAAAGCAGUAUAUCACUUCCUGCAGAGAAGCCAAAGCCUGCAACUUCAUAUGGAUCUGACAUUAUUGAUAAACAAGAUGUUUUGCCAAGUAGGCAGGAUCAAAAAUCUUUUCACAGAUUUUUGGCUACUCCAUGCGCUCUCCAUAGUGUUGUAAAUGGAAAAGAUCCCAAAGACAAUGCUAGAUUGCAAGUGUUAGACAGCAUUGGGGAAGCACUAUAUGAAAUGUUAUGUACGCUCAUAGCAACCCAUUCUCAGCAUCAGCCACCUUGUAGUAAACCAAACGGAGAAAAGAAUGAAAAUUCCCAAAUGGCUGCUACGUUAAAGUCCAAUAUUCAGCACAUUUCCAAAACAAUUUUGGAAUACAUCCUUGCAAAAUUAUGUAGUGUUGAUACGGAUACCAGCUUUGCAAGUUCUGGAUUUAAAGCUGUCUCAGAGUCUCUUGAUAUCGACAACCUAUCAUUUGCUUCGAUUAUUGAGGAAAUGGCCAAAUGCACUGACAUAAUCUCCGGCAUAAUUUCCAGGAUGAUUCAGGAGGGUCCUAAACAGGUGACAAAAAGCAAAGCAAAAACUAUCACGCCUGCGUCUUCCAAAACAGGAAGCACAAAAGAAACACCUCCCAAUGAACUGAAAGCUAUAGCUUUAGAUAUUCUUAAUAUGGUUUUUGCUAAACUGGAAGGGUUUGCUAAUGGAAAUUUAGAAACUCUGGGGUCUCUUAAUGAUGGAAAUGAAGAAAGCGGUAAGAGAGCCUUGGAAUGGGAAAGUCCCAGUAUUUUCACAGACACACAUGAGGAACUGCUGCAGUCUGCUUUAUACACGAAUGCAAAGAGGAUCUCUAGUACUAUUUUGAAAGCUAUUCAAAUGGAACUGAAUGUGAACUCAUUAGAUUUGAAGACAAGUGUAAAUACCCCAACACCCGAGAAACAAAUGCUUAAGAAUAUAGUCAAUUUAAUUUUAGAUGCAGUAUCCUCGGAUAUGUUCAAUGAGACUGAAUCUGAAGAGGGAGGCACUGAAACUUAUCGAUACCGGCCAACCUGUAGAAAUUCGCUUCCUGGAGGAGCUGAAUCAGAUUCAUUUCUAGAAGAUGCCUCCUGUACAAAGAAAGAAUUCACUGGGGAAAGAACACUAGUAAGAGAAGAAGAUAAAUCAGAUUCUCUUAAACAAUGGGUUCUAGAAAGAACCUUAAGCAAAAUUCAAGUGAAACUCAAAGACCCACAGAAAUCUCCAAUUGUCCCCAUUAUAAGAAAUAUUUUGAAUGAAAUUUUUCAAAACGCUUUGGUCAGUCAAUUAAAUGUGCUUUCUCUCUCCCAUUGUCAUUUAAGGAGCACCGCUCACGAUGUUGAUGAGCCGAUUCCUCAAACAUCUGUUCAGUUUAUAGAUAAAAUGAUGGGUCCUAUAGUGUCUGAAGCAGACGUAAUCAUAGUGGCAGACGAUGUUGUUAGAACUGUAUUUCAUAAACUUUUCUCAGCCGCCAUGCUGGAAAGAAAUGCAAGUGAAAAUAGGUAUAAAACCAUCACCUUUAGAGCCAAUGUUUCUUUACAUGAACACACCCACGGAGGGAAGUCCUCUGUUAGCGUGCUAGAUAAGAACCCGUGUACUCUUACGUCCAGACUCAAUGAUGACAAACAGGCCAAAGUAAACAUAGUUGAAGAUAUUGUGCAGGCAAUAUUGACAAACUUAGAGACUUUUGCUACUUCCAAAGUAAGAUCCCUCUUUUGUCCCCAAAUCAACUUCACAGUUCCAAUGGCUUUCCCUACUCAGGAUAAAAGUGCAUUAAGCAAGGCAUUAUCAGCCAAAGAUUUGUAUUCUGGUGAUCAACUGUCCACUUGCUCAGUGGAUCAUAUUACAUCAGAAGAGACCAACUCAGUGUGUCAACUCCCUCUAAAUAAAUUAAAUACAUAUGCAACAGAGGUGGCUAGAAAAAUUUUACAAGGCAUCAAACAUGAGUUAGAUAAAGAAAGGGAAAGUCCCUUCUUAACUCAUAACAUUGUGGUUUCUGAGAGCGUUGCGAGUCACGUCGUUAACACAGUGUUAGAUAUCGUAUCAUCUAAAGGCAAGUGUGGCAAAAACAAUUCCGAGGAAGAGAGCAAUUCAGGUCAACAAGAAGGAAUCAUUGAAAAGCUGUUUAAUAAGACCGAAUAUAGGAAAGUACUUCAGUUUCAAAUACAAGAUAUCAUUGAAGGCAUCUUAUGUGAUAUUUAUGAAAAAACCUUGUAUCAAAAUCAUCUCUCAUGUGCCACAGCCACUCUGAAGUGUAGCACAGCUGGGAAACAUUCCGGAGCAAAUUCUGAAACGGUCACUGAGGAGGCGAAUAAGAUUAUUCCAAGACUUUCAGUUCCCAAAUCGGAUGUCAUUUUGGUAUCUAAUGACAUGGUCAAUAUUGUUCUUCAUAAUCUCAGCUCCGCUGUCCUACUCAGCAUAAAUGCAAAGAAUCCUACUUCUGCAAGACUGCCCCUGAACUUCUGUGACAUAUUUUCACAAGCCGAGUGUCAACAGCCUCCUCUUAUGGGGUCAACAAAUGAAAGAAAAACAGAGUAUUUGCCACCCUCAGGAAGUCUGAAAUCCACUUAUGCUGAUGAUUGUCAGAUAACUGCAGUAGAGAAAGAAGAUGCCAAGAAAUCUGCUCCUGACCCGAGUGAGGAAAACGCUAACUUCAUUACUAAAACUGUUUUCAAUCGGUUAGAAGCUUUUGCCACAGAAAGAAUAGACUCGUUAAUUACUGUUGCUUUCCAGGCUAACGAAGAGUCCAUUGCUGGCCUAGAACUGGAAAAUUAUAAACGAGACGAUAGCGCCUGUCAUGAAUCAAGCCAAACUGAAUCAAAUGUGAACGUCCUUAAAGUAUCCACUAAAACUAUCCUUGGCCUCGAGCUCACAGAUUCCACUUUUGCAAGUUACAGAGAAAGUCUUCGGUCCACAAUUCAUCUACCACAAGGUUGUCUUAAGAAAUAUGCUGACAUCAUUACCAGUGCCAUAUUGAGACUUAUUAAAAGCGACCUAGACUUAGAAAUUCAAAAGAUGUAUUCAUACCCAAACAACAUUUCAUUCCAAGAAAAUAUCCUCGUGAGUGGAAUUGUCAACAGUAUCUUAGAGAAUUUAUAUGACAAAAGAUCUGCUAAGGAAAUCAGUGUUUACUCAAAAGACAAUCCUAAGUCGUUUUCACCACUAACUGUACCAAAUGAAAUAUGGCUGGGACAAAGAGAGCAGGAGAAAGACAAACUACCUCGGGUUUCAAUAUAUCCGUUAGAACAAAACCAAAUGACAUUGGAAAAAGAAAGCCAGGGAACUGUUUUGGAAGAAAUAUUUAUGAGAAAUGGAGAAUCAAAGCAAAAAGAAAAGACAGUAUUACUCAGUGCAGUGGAAGACGUUUUAACUCAAGUGCAUCAAAGAAUAAUGGAAAUCAUUGGCCAUUUGUCUCCAUUUAAUGAAAUCCCCCACUUAGUAUCUAAUUCUAAAAUUAGAACAUCAGGCAUAACACAGAAAAACCUCUUCCAGUCACAGAUUAGCAGCACAGCAAAUGACGUGGUUGAAAGUGUUUUUGGGAAAAUGUACUCUAUAGUUGUUAUCUCAUUAAACAAAAGUAACAGACAAGUAGGAGCACCUGACAACAACGAUACGUUGUCUAAGAAAGUGGCAUGCGCCAAAGAAACCAAACAAACAGGAAAAGGAAGUAACGCCACCAGAUAUGUGAUACCACAGGUUUAUUCUUAUGCAGACAGUCAAAAUGUCUCUCUAUUAGAAAACAAAUGUUUGCAGUACUCCCCGUCGCAAGUGGGGAAGGAUUUAGUCCAAAUGGUUCUUAAUAAGAUCAUAAAUUUUGCCUCAAUUCAUCUAGAAGAGACUUUGUCCCCUGAAAGUUGUUCUGAUGAGUUGCAACCUGUAAAGCUACACAGUUCUAAAGUGAGCUUUAAGGGCAGCCCUAAACCAGAUUUUAAAACGGGUUUAAAAGCAAGACCAAAAGUUACUCCUUUGUCUAAAUUUAGAACGAAAUCACACCUAGGACCUGGUGGUACUAAGGUCAAAGGCAAGACCAGGUUGGGUGCUAGAGAGAAGACCCCAAGAGACAGCCAGUCCAAGACCUCCACUAAGCUGUCGCACUCCCUAUCAGCAGGAGAUGCCAAAAACUUACUGGACAUGAAACUGCCUACCUCGGAACUAAAAAUGUACGCCAAGGAUAUAAUAAGUACCAUCCUGGAAACAAUUAUGAAAGCAUUUGAGAAGGUGAAGCAAACCAGAACAAUGAUGAAUGUUGAAGCUUUACCGUCGGAUCAAAUCAUGGCAGCCAAUGAAACAGUUACUAUGGUUUUGCAAGAAUUAUAUGCUACAAGUAACCACGAUUUGGCUUAUCCAAUCAAGUUCUCACACGUGGACCACCUCAAACUUUCACAAGGGCAUUUAGAUGCGGAGUACCUUGCCAAACCACAGGCGUGUUUUUACUUGGAAAAUGUUUCUUCACAGCUAGAACAGAUUUUUCCCAAAGAAGGUAUAUUUAAAAAAAUGUUUGACAAAUGGCAAGCGGAAUCAAAUGACAUGGAAAAUGAAAAGUAUAAGCUAAUGAUGAUAGCUGAAAACGUCUUGACUGAAAUUCCAAUAAAAGCAAAAGAAUUAGAACAUUCCCUCUCGCUUUUAAGUUUGCCACAACUUGAGGAUUGUGAAAGCAGGUGCUAUAGUCAUUUUAAAGGAACUUCUACUAGACUUGAAGAUACCAAAGCGCAAAUUAAUAUAUUUGGAAGGGAAAUUGUAGAAAUGCUGUUUGAAAAAUUACAGCUGUGUUUUUUGUCCCAGGUGUCGCCCCCAGAUAGCAAAGAAACUCUAGCAAGUAGGAAAGAAUACAGUCGUACCAGAAGUAAACACGAUUUGCCCAUCAAGGACAUCCUCAGCAGUGCGCCAGUAUAUAACACAAAGACAAUAGACCAGAUUUCUUUGGGCUCCAGCAACCAAAUUGUCCGAGACAUUGUAGAAAGGGUUUUAAACAUUUUGGAGUCCUUUGUCGACUUGCAGUUUAAAUAUAUCUCUAAAUAUGAGUUUUCUGAAAUAGUGAAAAUGCCUAUAGAGAACUUUUUUCGCGCCCAGCAGAGCCUAUUAAGCAAAAAGAUGUUGCCAAAACUGCAACCGCUUAAAAAGUUUUCUGAUGAACCCAGUUCAAGUACUAUUGCUUCCAAGGAAAACAUACAGGCUACCCUUCUACAGCUCCACUCGUUCCAUUCAGAAUUACUUACAUAUGCUAUUAAUAUUGUCAGUGACAUGCUCAGUACAAUUAAGAACAAGCUAGACAAAGAAAUAAGUCAAGUGGAACCAUCUUCCAUUAGCACAUUGAAAGAGACCGUCAUAGCAAGUGAGAUCAUUGGCACACUGAUGGACCAGUGUACUCAUAUCAAUAAUCUUCCGAAGGAAAGGUGGUACCAAGGAGCAGAAAAUAGCUAUGUUGCUAACCAGGUUGAGUUAGCAACUAAUAUGAAAAUGCCCACAUCGAAGUUGAAGGAAGUUCGUUUUGGGGAUAAUCCUUUGCAAAUCAUACCUGGUGUCGUGUGUCAUUCAGAGGAAAAUAUGAAAAGAAAGUACAGGGCUUCGUCAAACUUACCCUCAUAUGCCAGAGCGUCUAUAGAAGAUACAAUUAAAGGCUCAGAGCCAAUGGAAAGGCUUGAUUCAGAAAAUACAGUGUCGUGCUUUAAAAACAAGGUACAAGACUACAGCGCAAGGGACUCAGACUUUGGCCAUUUUGACCAAACCGUGCGAGGAAGUAGCUCUCUCCCUGAAGCCAGUGUCUUACAAAGACUGUUUAAGAAAGCAAAUGAGUCCACAGAGACAGCAUUAAAGCAAGUCAUGUCGUUCAUAGAAAUAGGAAAAGGUGAAAACCCAAGAGUGUUUCACUAUGAAACUCUCAAACCAGUUGAGCCAAACCAAAUUCAGACCAAUGUUUCUCCACUCAAAAUAUGUUUAGCUGCAGAAAAUAUUGUCAAUACUGUGCUGUCGAGUUCUGGCUUUCCAAGUCAACCACACAUUAAUGAAAAAAACAUGGAAACAAUGAAACCAAUUUUCAUAUCAAAUCAAAACCCUUUGUCUGUAAUAUCUGAAGGGCAAAAGAAUGAGGAGAAGAGUUUGCUUAGAACGUGGGAUAAAAAAGUCAGCUAUCUACCGGAAGAAGAAGAAAAAAGAGCUGAAGCCAGCUGGGGAGAUUUUUCUUUAUUGCAAAAAUGGGAAAGUCAGAGAUACCCAAGAAGAAAGAGUCUGAAGGAAGUUAAAGUCAUCGCUUUUGCUGAUCAUGAGCUGGGUUCAAAGGAAACUCAUUUGGUAGCAAGACAUAUCACCACAUCUGUGGUCACAUAUUUCAAGAACUUUGAAACUAGAGCUUCCAGUGAAGAGAAGGUGUCUGUUAUCUCUACAUUGUCAAGUAAAAAAUGUGAAUCAGAACAGCCUCUAAGAAGUAUCUACACUGAUUCUUCACUUAAUCAAUUUUGCGACCAUCUCACUGAGUCUGUUAUUUGCCGUUUAACUUCAAGCAUUUCUGGUAACAUCAAAGAUAGUAGAGCCAAAGGGAAAACAUUGGAAAGCCAAAUUGCAUCAUUUAACAAGAUUAUUUCAAUUGAUUCCCAAAUGUUUGAAAGCAGGUCAAUUUCUAUUGGGGAACUUGCUUUAAGUAUUUCCAAUACCAUUACUGAAAUCCUUUUAAAGAGUAACGUUAUAGAGGUUGACACCGCACAGCAAAUGCUUCCUUUAGAAACAAAGUACGUUUACUGCCCGGGAGUAGCUCCUGAUGACUUUGAUAAUCUCUUUCAAGAUCUCUUAACAGGAGUGAUUCAUGUAAUGUCCAAAGAAAUUGGAAUAAACCAUCACCUUGAAAGCAAUGGAAGAAAAUCAUUUUCCAUGCUUAGAAGAAAUAGGGUGACUGUUUGCAAUGAAACAAAUACCUUGGAAAGACAGAAAGGCUCCAAAGAUUGGGAAUCAUCUAAUUACCAAAUUGAUCCUCUCCUUCAAAAAAGUAAAUUAAAUUAUCUGGCACGUAAGUUAGACAAUCUGGCUGGUACCCUAAAAACUCAUGAAUCCAAAGAAGUAGUCAAUAAAGUUUUUAAUAUUGUUUUAGAUUUAUUUUUACCAGAUGAACAUCCAGAUGACGUUAUGAAUUCUGGUAAAACAGCAGGAACAUUUUACUCAUCCUCAAAUGAUCAGCAAAGUAACGGCAUUCUUGAAAAUAACUUAGGCCUCACCCCCAAAUCAGUUUUUCUUCUCAAUGUCGUGUGUGAGAAACUUAUCAGAACACUUUUGGAAAAAUGCACAAACACGGUUUCUCUCGAUAAUAGCCCUCUAUCCAAUGAAAUAUCAGCAGAAGAAUAUAAACUUUUGAAAACAUUGCAAAAUGUAGAUGAAGAAUCUGAUUAUUAUAAGGGAGCAAUGGACUGUGAACAAAUUCAGGAUUAUAUGUCAGACUUUUUAGAAAAUCUGGCAGAAAUAGAUCAAGAUUUAUUAUCAUCAGACUCUAUGCUUACUAUUAUUUCCCACAACUUGGUUAAAUCACUGAUGGAGAAACUACAUCACAGCGUACAGCUCCCCCAGACCCCACCUUUUGCGUGCACAAGAAGAGAGAUGCAGGCUAGUUUCAUAAAGGCAACCAGGCCAGAAUUAACAGAAUUAGGACAAGGUAAAGCCUUUUUAGGAUUCAUGAGUUAUGAUAGUAAUGCUUUGACGGAUUCCCUGAAUAAUCCCACUGCGGUUAGCUCCAAAAUAGAAGCACCACUUGGCAAGAAAUGUUCCAUAAAUUCUACUUUUGUGUCUCCUCUCAAGAGACAGGGAUCAAAUGAUAUGGAGACAAUACCCAUCCAUAAUAAACCAUAUCCAGGAGAUAUAAAUACAGGUGUGUACUCGGCCACAUUUUUGGAGGAAAUAAUUUCUGAACUAUUUUUUAAUCUCUCUACUUCACUGUGGGGCAAAAAUGAAAUCACUGAGGGCCGGCUCAAUGAGAUGAAUACAUUAUUUGUCAACAACAUAGUGAAAGAGUUUAAUAAAGCACAGGUCACUGCUUUACGGAAAGUUGAGGAAAGGCUGUGUUUUCCACCAAUCCAUGAGGAAACUAUUAGUAGAAUUGUUGGCUCAGUUUAUUGUGAUGUUUUUCAGCAAUAUAAAUUGAGAGUGACCUGUGAUGAUAAUCUAGCAUGUGACAAUACCUCACUAGCAGAACAAAUAACUAAUGGCAUAUUGUUAGAGAUUCUAGACUACCAACUCCCAUCUUGCUUCAGAGGAAAGCUCGCACCAAAUUCAUAUUACCCUCUCCAAGCCGAAAUUAUAUUGCAGAAACUUCAUAAUAAACUGAGAAAAUUUACUUCCUCAUUCAGUUCUUCAACAGGCUACAGUACCAUGUUGUCCCAUUCAUUUUUAGAAGACAUCAUCCGAAGACUUUUAUCUCAACUCAUUCCUUUACCCAACAAGGCUUCCUCUUUGGGAAACAAAUAUUUCAUGAGUGCCGAUUUCAAUGAAAUGUCUACCUGUAUAAUAAAUAAGGUUAUAUCAGCCAUUUCAAAACAUAAAAUUUUGUUCACUAUAUAUGAUAAUCAGUAUCUAUGUACUGGAAAAAACCUCCAGAAGAUGGUGGAUUCUGUUUAUAGUAAUAUCAUGCAAAUGUCUGACUCUCUUGUUUCAAUACAGAAAAGUAUAGUCAGCCGAAGCCCAAUUAUGAUUAACCGAAUAGCCAGUUUUAUUAUCCAAGAGAUUAUUGAUAAUCAUCUUCAGCCAUUUUUGUGUGGAGAAGGUUUACCUCGUCCGAAGAUUCCACUGGAUGCAGUUUCAAAUAUGGUUAAGCAGGUUCUCAAUGAAGUCACAGAGUCACACAGACUCCAGACACCAUCACCCUUAGGAAUAUAUCCUGAUACAUUUGUAGGGGAAAUUGUUUCCAGACUUUUAUCAAGGAUUUUCAGUCCAAAACAUAACACUGAAAUUGAACUGGAAAAUAUGACCCAGAAAAUAGUAAACUCAAUCAAUAGCCAUUUUAACAAAGCUAAAAUUCAUUUUCUGAAUGAUGACAAAGAACAGCCUUACACUUCAAUAAAUACAGAUAUUGUGGACCAACUCGUCACCUCGAUUUAUAGAAAUGUUUUAAAACAGCAUGGGCUAGACUCUGAAGUUGAUAAAGAGUCUGAAGGCAGUGAUAUUUUUGUGGAAAAUAUUACCAAUUUAAUUGUAGCAGCUAUUUCAGAUUACCUUCUUCAUCCACUAUUUUCUGGGGAUUUGUCGUCAUCUUCGCAUUCUAUUCCAAUGGCUGAGAACAUUGUUCAGGACAUUCUUAGUAACAUCAGUAAAUCUACCAAGUCAAGUCAGAGUUUAUCUCCAUAUAACACCUUGCUGCCAUACACAUUUUUAGAUGACAUGAUAAGAGGACUGUUAUCUAGAAUCUUUCCUUCUGCAUCUAGCAGUAUUCUAGACAGAGAAGCUCCAAAAGACAGAUCAAGAGUGAAUUUCAAUGAAAUUGCUUCCAAGAUAAUCAGCGAUAUUAGGAUGAAAAUUUCCCAACAUGAAAUACGAUUUUCAAAAAAUGAAGAGACUAAGUUAGUUUAUUCAGAAGAUGAUGUUCAGAAUCUCGUUGAUUCAGUAUUCAAAAAUAUUUCACAAAACUCUGAGUCUCAAGAACCAGUUGAGCAAAAUAUCACAGGCAGCAAUGAUAUUCUUAUUGAUAGAAUAGCAGGCUUUAUCAUUAAACAUAUCUGUCACCAACAUCUUCAGCCAUUUGUGGAUGGAAAGUUAUCACCUCCUUCAUCAUACACAUAUUUUGAUGAUGAAAGAAAGCAGUGGUUUUAUGCCACUGUUUAUUCCUCAGCUUUCUUGGAAGAUGUAGUCUCAGGGGUUUUAAGCAAAAUAUUCCACAGGGUGUUAGGCAUUGUGCAAACAAAAUCAGUAAGAGAUUCAGAAGAUGAACUGUUUGAUAAAGCUGAAAAACUCAUACACUUGAUAGCAGAGGAAUUCCCAAAAUUUGAAGUUAGCAUUCUAGAAAAUGCUGAGGAACAAUUGUGUUUGCCUCCAGUGGAGAGAGAUGUAGUCAAGAACAUUAUUGACACGGUGUACAGCAAACUUCUGCAAGAAUAUGAGAUGGGAAUAAUGCCUGAUGAAGAUUUUCUGAAUGACACAAAGACAUUAGCUACAAGGAUGACCAAAAUCAUCCUCGCUGAAACUUUUAAUUUCCAAAUUCAUCCAAACCUUAUAGGAAAGCUUCCUUUUACAUCACACUCCAAACUCAAUACUAAUGUUUUGAUGAAGAGAGUUCAAUGUUACAUUACCAAAUCCAGAUUUCAAAGGCAGGCAUCAACAGUAUAUACUACCAUGUUAUCACAUACCCAUUUGGAGAAAAUUGUCACUCAACUUCUAUCUCAGAUGAGUCAAUUGGCCACCAGGACAGAACGCCCAGAUACUUCUCAAUCAGACUUAAGUAACACAGUCAUAAAAUUGAUAAAUGAAAUCAUGUCGAUAAUUUCAAAACAUGCAAUAUGUAUUGUUAAACAUGGACAAGGGAAACAAAGUAUGAUUUCAGAAAAAGAUAUCCAGUCUAUGGUUGAUUCCAUUUAUGCUGAUCUUUCAUAUUCAAAUCUAUACCAAUCUCUUACAAAAGAUAAAAAAGGAAUAAGUAAUAUACCUGUUUCAAAAAUAGCAAGUUUUAUUAUAAAAGAAAUCUUUAACCACCAUCUUCAGUCAUUUUUAUCUGCAGAUAAAACUCUUCUUUCACCUGCAGUUGAUCAAACACGUAAACAGAAAGCAAUAGAUCCUAAACAAAGAGAGUUGUCUUUCAUUGUGAAUUCGGCUUUCUUUUUGGAGGAAGUAAUUUCUGAGCUCUUAUGUAAACUCCUCUAUGCAUUCUCACAUAAUUUAUUGGCUGCUGAAAACCCAGAUACAGUAAAAGCCAAAAUUACUGGCAUUGUUACAACACUAGUAAAUUCAAUUGUUCUGGAGUUUACCACAUCAGAGAUUCUAGUUGCAGAUAACUUUGAUGCUGAUAUGUGUUUUUCAGAAGGAUAUAGAGAAAUUGUUCAAAAAACAGUCAACCUAAUUUAUGAAAAAAUUUUAGAUGAAUAUAAAUCUCUGAUUCAAGUAUACAGGGCUCUACAAAGUGACACUGUUUGUUUUGGAAGAAAAAUAUAUCACUUGCUAUUGGAGGAAAUUUAUGACUAUCAGGUACAAUCACUAGUUUCAGGAGAACUGGUGCCUUCUUCCUUUUCUUCCCCUCAAGCCGAUAAUAUCAUUAGAAAUGUGCUCAAUGUCAUCACAAAUGACAGCCAUACCUUGCCAUCAUGUGUUACUGUGCUGCCUCGUUCCCUUUUGGAAGAUAUGAUUUACAAGCUGCUCGUGCAUAUCUUCCCCUUGUCCAACGGUGACAGUGAGCUAAAAGAGGAAGAAGUUGCCUCAGACUGUGAGUUUGUAGAUGCAACUUCAAAGCUGACAGAGGAAAUUAUCAAAGAAAUAUCUGCACAUGAGGUCCGUCUCGCCGCAGCAGAAGAGCAUGCUGAAAGUAUGCAAUUAGAAGUGAUUGAGAAUUUGGUUGACUCUAUAUGUAAUAACAUUUUGAAGAAAUCUGAAUUUCAAGCUGAAGUACAGAAAGGUGCAGACAAAAAGGGGGGCUCGUUCCUCAGUAAAAUAGCUGGAUUCAUCAUGAAGGAAAUCAUGGAUCAUCAUCUGCAGCCAUUUUUACAUGGUGAAGAAUCAUCUUCCAGGGCCAUAUCUGAUCACGGGCGUAUGUCUGUACUUAGUAAACCUGGUAAAGAAAAAACACAGCCCGCUCUAUAUUCAGCUACAUUUUUGGAAGACGUAAUCGUUGACCUCGUUCAUAAAUUUUAUUCCCUUCCCAGUAUUACUGAAGAUUCUAAGAAAAAAGAAGUGCUAGAGCCAGACAUUGUGGGCUUAGCUAUAAAGUUCGCAAAUUCUCUGAUAGGAGAAUUUAGGAAGAGUAAAAUUAAAGUUCUGCCAAAAGCCGAGGAAAUGUUUUCUUUUCCACCAAUUGAUAAAGAAACCGUUGACAAGAUAUCCAAUUUUGUGUAUGAUCAGUUCAUGGGAAAGUACAGAUCUAGUGAUAUUCAGACAGAUGAUAAAAGUAACAUUGUAAUAGAAACGAUUGCUGCUUUAGCCCAGAAGGCAAUCUCUGCUUUCAAGAUUCAACCACUCUUUUCAGGAGACUGGUCUGCCACCUUCUUUUCAUUUCUAAAUCCGGAUAAUAUCACCCAAAGGGUUCAGCACCUACCACAGCAAACCUCUACACAGAUAAACAGAUCCUUGAAAGGGAACGAACUUGCUUUGCCAAAGCAAUCGCAUAAACACACGUCUGUAACCACAGACCAGAAAAAUGUGUCGGACACUUUGGAAACAGACAGCGGCGCAAUAGCUAGAAAGAAAAGUCUCAAAACCGAAAAGACAUCAAUGAAAAAAGGUGACGUCCAAGAUACAGUAGUUAACUCUAUAACUAGAAUUAUGGGAAGCAAUGUGAUUAACGUGCUAUCCAUGCCAGCUGCAAGCGCGGCAAAUAAAAAGAAAGGGACAGAAAAUAAAACAGAAGUUCCAGGUAAUGAGAAUGUAUCAGGAGUCGCUUCUCUAACUACUAGUGUGAAAAGUAAAGCUAGGCCAGAGCCCGAUUUGGUGGCAACUCUGGAAAGUAAUGAAAUUGAGAAGACGAGCAUAUCAGCCACAAAAGAUGAGAAGAGACAAGAUAAUAAGGUACACACCCAGUCUCCAGUAGCUACUAUGAUAGUAUAUGAGGGGGAGAAACUUGGACCAAAUGUUGAAAUAAAAAAUGAAGAGAUUGACAAAAUAAGUGUAGAUACGUUUAAAAAGGAAGACAAGCCCUUCCAGUUAUCUGUGACAUCCAAAGCAAGAAAUACAAGGACCAAACCAGAAGGUGGUUUGAAAACAGUUACCCAAAGGCCAAACAACGAGGAUGGAAAAGACCCUGCAUAUCAAAAAGAUGUAAAUGAGGAACAAUAUUCAGAUUAUGAAUAUGUUCAAAAUGUCACUGAAAACAUUUAUAACAAUAUUUUAGAACUAUAUCAUUCCGCAGAAUCGGCAGAGUAUUCAAAACCCCCCAGUCUCGUAACUGAUGCAACAUCGCAUGUAAUUCAAGACGUUGGUCAAAAUUUUACACAGUCUGUUUCAACAAGGGAUUCAUCCCUCUCAAUGGUCAAAGAGAAAGAAGAUAAAGACCAACAGAGAAAUAAAGAGAGAGAGAAAGAGAGCGAGAGAGAGAAAUGGAAAAAAAUAGAAAAAGUGAAAAGUAAGGAGAUUAAAAGUGAACCUAGUAAAUCAGACAGUCCUCACUACCCACCAAAAAGUAAACCUGGAAUUGUUCCCGCUAAAUUUUUAGAAGAUGUUAUCACCGAAAUGGUUAACAAAUUGAUCUUUUCUUCCUCAUCAGAAACACAAAUAUGUAAUAGAUACCAAAAUGUAAGUGAUGAUGAAAAUCAAGCUGAACUUUAUGACACAGCUCUGAAACUUAUGGACUCACUGUUAAAGGAAUUUUCAGAUGCUCAAAUUAAGGUAUUUAGGCCACAUGAGGAAAAUCAGUUUUUUCCACCCGCCGAUAAAGUGUCCUCAGUUCCUAAAGCACUUCCUAGGCAUAAAAAGCCAACUGCAGAGGAAACAUCAUCCAACAUUAAGAAAAUGACUGGGGAUAAAAUGCCACAUAUGCCCAAAAUGACUGAAAACCCUUCAUCAAAUAAGAUACCUUUCCUAGAUAAAAUACAAGUAAUUGAUAAGACGCUGGUCAACAAAGUUGUUCAUUCUUCUGUAUGCAAUAUUUUGAAGGAAUAUAAAUCUCAAGACUCCAUUUGUAAGGAUAUAAAGAGCAAUGGCGAAAAUUUAGCAAGAAGACUAACCAGGACAGUGAUAAAUGAAAUUUUUCAACAUCAGCUUAAUUUCAUAUUUUGUGAUGAGGUUCUAGCGUCAGCAUGUUCGCCUCUGGAAUCUAAGGAUGUUGUGAGAAAGGUUCAAAAGGUGGCACAAACAGCCAGCAAAGAAUGUCAAACAUCAUCGCCAUACACCAUCAUGCUGCCUCACAAAUUUUUGGGGAAUGUGAUUUCUGCGCUUUUAUGGAAAAUCUUCUCAACGGUCUCCGACGCUGGAGUAGAAACAUCUGAGUACAAUUGGUUCACAAAACUGGAUUUCCUUCAAAUGAAACUAUUAAAUACAGUUACAACAGCAAUCUCCAAAGCUAAAGAUAUGACCAUACAAUACGUAGAAUCCUUACAUCCCAAUGAUGAUGAAAUUAUUCAACUAGUGAUUCAUUCUAUUUAUAAUAAUCUCUUGUCACAGUUUGGAUCACAAGAGGUAAUACAAAAUUGUGUGGCCAGCAGAUGCAGAAUCCUUUCAGAAACCAUAGUGGACUUAGUCCUGCAAGAAGUGUCCGGCAACCAAUUGCAAAACUAUUUUUCUGGAGAGCUGACUCCUCAUCAGUGCACAGAAGUUGACAAAGUCGUUGAAAAUAUUCUUAAAGAUGUCAUCCAGACCGCUGAUGUUCCCCAGCCUCAACCGUCGCGUGUUCAUAUCCUGCCUUAUAACAUAGUAGAAGAAAUUACCGUAAAAUUUUUAUCAAAGCUUUUAUCUAUGUUUCCAAAUGUGGAUGAGGAAAGAACCAAAUCUCUAGAAACUGACAUGCAAACAAUAAGCUCAAAAAUAUUGAAUUCGAUACAAGAAUUUAUGUCCAAAAGUAUGAUAAAACUUGUGCCACCAGCCAAAGAAUUGCCUACUGUACCUUUAGCUAACAAUGAAACUAUCGAAAAAGUGGUUAACUCUGUGUAUGCCAGUGUUUUAAAGCACUCUGGCUCUCACACUUCUGUAUUUAAAGAUUUGAUGGGUAAGAGCAAUGUCCUCUCUGAUGUAAUAGGCCUUUUAAUGGUGAAGGAAAUUUCCAAUUCUGAAUUUCAACCUCCAGUAGAGGACAAAGUAUCAAGUUCGGAAUUAGUUCUGGAAGCUGUCAAAAUCAUAGAAAAAGUGCUCAGAAUUGUUGAUGAGUUUAAGUCCGGGGAAAAGUCUUCAUCCAAAAAGCAUCCUAUGCUAGACGCCAGGCUUGUAGAGGAAGCACUGGCCUUGUUCUUGGCUAAAAUAGUAAGGUUGCAAAGUAUCUCAUGCAAAGACGCAAAAAAUGUAUCAAAGCCUGAGUUAAACAAAAUUGUAUCCCAACUGAUGAAAUCUGUGACAGCUGAAAUUUCCCAGAGUAACAUUAAUCUUGUUGCUGCUGAUCCUGAAUAUCUUUUAAAUUCAGAAAGUAUAGAAAUGAUUUCUCAGGUUAUUGAUUCUGUUUAUAGUAACGUACUGCAACAGUCUGGAACCCAGGAGGAACUUUAUGAUGAUCUAAAAGGUACAAACACUGUUUUCCCUAAAAAAGUGGCUAGUUUAAUCAUUAAUGGAGUUUCACAUCUUCCAGUAGAUGCAGUUAGCGGAAAGAAUCCAAAUGCUAAACGCUUUGGAAAUCUAGACGUUAAUAGAAUUAUUCAAAAGGCCCAAAAGCACGCUGCUAUUGAUAUAAUGCAUGAGUUACAGGAAGACGAGUCCUAUCGAGAUUCAACUGAAAAUUUUCCGAUCAGAAUCGUUCCUCAUAUUGGGAAUAAAGCAAUCAAUAUAGAUCCAGAAAUUAUCUCAGAUCACUUAGCAGUGAUUUCUGUAAAAACUGAGCCUCUUGAGAAACUCAAGAUGGAGUGUUUAAGAAAAACUGGACAUAGCAUAACUGAACUGCGAAGAGCGUCAAUCAGUGGGAGAAGCUACUCCUUACCAGAUACAUCUAAGGUGGAAAAGAUCAAGAGAGAAAGACGGAUCUCAUUAAAUAGAAUGGGACGACUGGAUGUAAAACCCUUGGAGGCUGUUUGCAGAAAUUCAUUUCAGAAUAUAAGAAAGCCUGAUAUCACCAAGGUAGAGCUUUUAAAAGAUGUUCAGAACAAAAAAGAUCUUAUCAUUCGGUUAGUAGCUCAUGAUAUUUAUCAAGAAGAUUCAGUAAAUGCCACAGAAGAGGGACUAAUGUCUGAAGGUGAAGUUGUUUUGAAAGAGGUUACACAAGAAGGAUCCUUAGAACAAUUUGAAGAUCAAGUGAAAGAAGCCACGAAGCCAGUAGAAAGCACAAGCAGCCUGAAAAAAUUUUUGUCUCUAAGCAAAUGUUGUCAGUCCACAUCCAGUGUAAAUAUUGAAUGUAUUGAAGCAACCUCAAAUCACAUAAUAGAACCUAAGGCGAGAAAAGUUAAAAGAACUAUUGCUGAGCUUGACAUGGCUAUGUGCUCAAGAAACAUGACUGAAACAGGCUCUUGGGAGAAAAAGCCACAGAGUAAGAAAGAAGACAAGACUCUUAAUAAUGAACCAACACAUUACUUCAUACAUAGAAUUAUGAGUUCAUCCUCAUACAACCAAGAAGAUCUGAUUUCAUCUGCCAGUGAGACUGAAGAUUUCACCACAGAUUCAAGCGACAAAUUAUUAGAAGGAAAUUCUCAGGAGCAAAGGCCAGAGAAUUCAAACAGUCUUAAGUUUAUCACCAUCUUUGAAGGAAACAAGAAUAUUCAUGGCAGUGGGUAUUCCUCAAAAGAAGUCAUUUCAGAAACUGCCAAGCCCAGUAUUUCCAAACAAGGAUCUAAAAUGCUGGCGAAGGUAUCUUCAGCUCUGUCAAAGGUGUUUUCUCGAACUAACACCAAUAUCUCCAAACCUUCCUCAUCAUCUCACCAGGAUGAGCAUGAAAGCUUUCAAAGCUGACGCUUACUUUCCUUUGAAAAUAAAGUGGUUUUUACAGCAGAA